GUGUAAUUCAUCACUCGACUUAAUCAACAUGUCUGCGCCCUGUAAACAUGUGUAAACAAACAUGGAGAGGAGAACAACCUUGUACAAGGGUUAACCUAAGCGAAACGUUUUUAAAUUAACCACUUGGGUAGAGAAAACGGGUUUUAGCAAUGACCUUGCGGCUUUGCGAGACGAUUCUACGCAGAUCUUUGCGAUUUUCAGCGAUCCUCAAACUGACAGCAGCCCCAGAGCACGCGCCACUGGAUCUGCAUCUAUCAGGCGAUUUAUAGAUUAUAGAUUAUACUCAGUCUCUUUACAGUCCUUGUAUCUCGUGUCGGCAUGCUAGAUUACAAACUGAUUGUGUUUGUCCUCGCCACCAGAAAUAAAACCAAACUCACAGAACAUCAAACAACAACAUCAGUCAUAACAUAUGUCUUGUUUUACCUGUCGCUUGUCCUUUGCUUGUUCAAAGGUUGCUCAGUUUUUGGUCCACAGACAGUAAGGAAAUGUCUCUUUAACUGUACUCCGGCUAGUUUGGUGUCCUCGGGUGCUUUUCUGGACAUAUUGCAGAAGGGGAGAGCGGUUUUGUUCUUUUGAUGAGGGUCUCUGUCAUCAUCUCUGUUCCAUCAGACAGCGGUCAUCAGUUUUCCUUAAUGCCAAAGGAUCCUGAUCAACCUGAAAAUGCCAAAUCUCUUAAAGUAACAAUAGUGGGUGCACCUAAUGCAGGGAAAUCCACACUGACCAAUCAGCUGCUGGGUCGAAAGUUGUUUGCUGAUUCGGAGAAAGUGCACACAACAAGAUCACGUGCUGUUGGUGUCCUGACACAGGAUGACACACAAAUCACAUCACCUGGAGGAAUCACUGCUGGUGGAUCCUUUUGAGUCAAUAAAGGAAGCUGAUCUAGUAAGCUGGACUAUGAAGUGCUGAAGUGUUUGGCCCUGAAUCCAGAUGUCCCUGCUAUCCUUGUUCUCAGUAAGGUAUUAGCUGUGUCAUUGUGUAUUGAUCUGUUCCAGGCCGACCACAGGAUUGGUUUUUGGAGGAAAUUACCAUCUCUUUUUCUCUGCAUAUCCCAUCUCUCAUCUGACAAAGAGAGGGGGCUGUUUUGCUGCUACUGUUAUCACAGAAAUGAAUAUCACUAUGAAAUUAUUUACAGCUGGUACACUUAGAGGAGCUAUAAAAGAGAUCAUAAAGCAAAGAGUUGGCUCUUAACACACAGGUAGACCUGCUGAAGAACAAAACGCUUCUGCUAGACAUCACAGCACAGCUGACAGAAGGGG